AUGGGGAAUUACAAGUCCAGACCAACCCAAACAUGCACUGAUGAAUGGAAGAAGAAAGUCAGUGAGUCAUAUGCAGUAAUCAUGGAGCGCUUGGAGGAUGACCUGCAGAUCAAAGAGAAGGAGCUGGCAGAGCUGCAGCAGGUUUUCAGCUCUGAUGAAGCCUUCUGCAAAGUCAAUUUAAAUUACCGCACGGAAAACGGGCUCUCCCUUCUUCACCUCUGCUGCAUCUGUGGGGGUACCAAGUCUCACAUCAGAACCCUGAUGCUGAAAGGGCUGCGCCCAUCCCGGCUCACCAGGAACGGAUUCACAGCUCUGCACCUGGCUGCUUAUAAGGACGAGGUGGAGCUGCUGACAGCACUGCUGCACGGGGGAGCUGACAUCCAGCAGGUGGGGUACGGAGCCUUGACCGCCCUUCACAUCGCCUCCAUCGCUGGGCACCACAAGGCUGUGGAUGUUCUCCUGCAGCACGGAGCUUACGUCAAUGUUCAGGAUGCAGUUUUCUUCACCCCCUUGCAUAUUGCUGCCUACUAUGGCCAUGAGCAGGUAACCCACCUCCUACUGAAGUUUGGAGCUGAUGUGAAUGCAAGUGGUGAAGUUGGAGACAGACCACUCCAUCUGGCUGCUGCCAAAGGCUUCCUCAACAUUACAAAGCUCUUGAUGGAAGAGGGGAGCAAAGCUGAUGUGAACGCUCAGGACAACGAGGAUCACGUUCCGCUGCACUUCUGCUCUCGCUUUGGCCACCACGAAAUUGUGAAGUUCUUACUGCAGAGCGGCUUCGAGGUCCAGCCCCACGUGGUGAACAUCUAUGGAGACACCCCUCUACAUCUGGCGUGCUACAAUGGGAAGCUUGAAGUCGUCAAGGAAAUCAUUCAGCUGUCAGGCACAGAAAGUCUCACCAAAGAAAACAUAUUCAGUGAAACAGCUUUCCACAGUGCCUGCACCUAUGGGAAGAACAUAGAACUUGUAAAGUAUCUUCUUGACCAGAAUGUUGUAAGCAUCAACCACCAAGGAAGAGACGGACACACAGGGCUGCACUGUGCCUGCUACCAUGGCCACAUUCGACUGGUGCAGUUUCUGCUGGAUAACGGAGCCGACAUGAAUCUGGUAGCUUGUGAUCCCAGCAGGUCCAGUGGAGAAAAGGAUGAGCAGACCUGUUUGAUGUGGGCUUAUGAGAAAGGCCAUGAUGCCAUUGUGACCCUCCUGAAGCACUACAAGAGGCCCCAGGAUGACUCACCCUGUAAUGAAUAUUCUCAGCCUGGAGGAGACGGCUCCUAUGUGUCUGUCCCAUCCCCUCUGGGAAAGAUCAAAAGCAUGACUAAAGAAAAGGCUGACGUUCUCCUUCUCCGAGCCCAGCUGCCCUCCCAUUUCCACCUUCAGCUCUCCGAACUGGAGUUCCACGAGAUCAUCGGCUCAGGGUCCUUUGGCAAAGUCUACAAGGGACGAUACAGAAAUCAAAUCGUUGCGAUCAAACGCUACCGAGCCAACACCUACUGCUCCAAGUCUGACGUGGACAUGUUCUGCCGCGAGGUGUCCAUCCUCUGCCGCCUCAACCACCCCUGCGUCAUCCAGUUCGUGGGAGCUUGCUUGGAUGACCCCAGCCAGUUUGCCAUCGUCACCCAGUACAUUUCUGGAGGGUCCCUCUUCUCCCUGCUCCAUGAACAGAAGAGAACUCUUGACCUGCAGUCUAAGCUGAUUAUUGCAGUGGAUGUUGCCAAAGGCAUGGAGUACCUCCACAACCUCACCCAGCCCAUCAUCCAUCGUGAUCUGAACAGCCACAAUAUUCUCCUGUAUGAGGAUGGCCAUGCAGUUGUUGCUGAUUUUGGAGAAUCUAGGUUUUUGCAGUCCCUGGAUGAAGACAACAUGACAAAACAACCUGGGAACCUCCGCUGGAUGGCCCCUGAGGUGUUCACCCAGUGCACCAGGUACACCGUCAAGGCUGACGUCUUCAGCUAUGCUUUGUGCCUCUGGGAGCUGCUAACUGGGGAGAUUCCCUUUGCUCACCUGAAGCCAGCGGCGGCGGCUGCAGACAUGGCUUACCACCACGUCCGCCCCCCCAUCGGCUACUCCAUCCCCAAGCCCAUCUCUGCCCUGCUGAUGAGGGGAUGGAAUGCCUGUCCUGAGGGGAGACCAGAGUUUUCAGAAGUAGUCACAAAGCUGGAAGAAUGUCUGUGCAACAUUGAGCUGAUGUCUCCAGCCUCCAGCAACAGCAGCGGGUCGCUGUCCCCCUCCUCAUCCUCGGACUGCCUGGCAGCACGAGGGGGUCCCGGGCGCAGCCACGUCGCAGCCCUGCGCAGCCGCUUCGAGCUGGAGUAUGCCCUGAACGCGAGGACCUACGCCGGCUGCUCACGCAGCACUGGGCAACACCCUUCUCAGGGUCUGACUUUGGAUGACAUGAGAAGAAGCUUCCAGUGCCCACCAGUUGACCAAAACGGCUACGUGUCAGACCCCAUGAGCACAAUGAGGUUCCACUCCUGCAGCAGCAGUGGCAGCUUUGAAGAAAGCAGCUGA